AUGAAUUCCUCGCUGAUGCCCCCUCCUCCCCUACCCCAGGGAUCGCCUAAAAGAAGGAAGAUGACAUCCUCAGCCUCAGAAGGCAAUUCCUCCGACACCUUUGCCGAGCCUACAAGAACUGAAAUCAAGUCUCUAGGAAAGCGACAGUGUUUUGCCUGUGAAUCUCGUGUCACACCAGACGCUGCUCAUGUGAUUCAAGUGCAUGAUUCCGCUACUGAGCUUCUCAUACAAAAAAAACUAAUCGAGUUCGACCUACGAAGGAGCGAGAAUGGGGUUUCUCUGUGCCCAAGCUGUCAUAGGAUGUUCGAUCGUGAUAUUGAUCCUGGCUUCAUUUUUUUCCCCACGGACAUUGAUUUUUUCAUCCGGAGAGAACUACAGUAUCGUGAAAAAGUACUUUCCGCCGGGUGCCUCAUUCCAGACCGUGUUCCAUCAGCAGAAGAGUAUGCGAGAUCUCAAAUUCAAGCGGGCACAGUCCCUCCUGGAUCUCAAUGCGGGUUAUAUCAGCGUAUUUUCUUAGAAGAAUACAUGACCCCCGUAAUACCCCUUCCUGUGAAUCAAGUAUUCAGUCAACCUGUUCCCUGGCAUGGGGCUCCAUUCGGCACAUUUCGACGCGCUUUUCAAGCUCUUGGCAGUCCACGUGUUGCUGCGAUUUCGCCUACUGUUCGAAACCAGUUGAGUCGCCUGAGGGACCUAUACUAUAGUGAUACUCUGGUAGUCGAAGAUGUCUUGGUAAAUGCCGAGGCCGAUCGCUUUUGGCAUGAGCCACGUCCGAACCAAGGACCGGAACCGGAGACAGAGGGGCCAAUUCUUCGCAAUAUAAGCAGAGAGACCAGCCAGAAAGAUGAUCAGAGUUUGGAAAAUCACUAUAGAAUGGCCGGCUUCUUUGAUGAUGAGGCAAAAAUCACUCAUAAGUGCUAUGAAUGGGUUUUGGGACCCGAAUCCACUUCAGAGGACGCGAUGCGACGAUAUGGCCCUGCAAUUCAAUUAUCAGCGUCCGCACCAACGGUCUCAUGA